AUUAAAUAAAUAAUACGAUGAAAAUGGCCGCGGCCUCGCUCUUGAGCCUCGCUCUUCGCCGCUGCUCCCUUCGCCCUCGCCCCCUCCCACACCCUCUCCUCCUCUCUUUUCAAAGCUCGAAUUUUAGGUUUGAUUUACUUGUAGAAGGGGGUUGAGCAGGUUAAUUGCUCUGAUUCGAGCUCAAAAUUGUGCAGGCUACUCAAAGAUGGCUGAGGUAGCGGUAGAGAAUGGCAAUGAUUCCAUCACCCGAGUGCUAUUCUGUGGCUACUAUUUUCCUGCUUCUCAUAAUUACACGCGGGAAUAUUUGCAGAGUUAUCCGUUUAUUCAGGUUGACACAGUAGCUCUUGAUGAGGUUCCAGACGUUAUUCACAAGUACCAAAUUUGUGUGGUUAAAAGUCGGCGUCUAGAUUCUGAACUUAUCGCAAAAGCAGCACAGAUGAAGCUUAUCAUGCAGUUUGGUGUUGGGCUAGAAGGUGUUGAUGUAGAUGCUGCUACAAAGCACAAAAUCAAAGUCGCAAGGAUCCCUGGAAGUGCAACAGGAAAUUCCACUUCAUGUGCAGAAAUGGCAAUAUAUCUGAUGUUGGGUCUUCUGCGGAAGCAAAAGGAGUUGGAGAUCUCUGUGAAGCAGAGGAAAUUAGGGGAACCAACUGGAGAUACACUACUUGGGAAAACAGUAUUCAUUCUUGGAUUUGGAGCUAUUGGAUUUGACCUUGCCAAGAGAUUGAGACCGUUCGGAGUAAAGAUUCUUGCAACAAAAAGAAGAUGGUCCUCGGAUUCAUUACCGUCAAGUGAUUCAAGCUUCCCUAAUGAUGAUAUCGAUGGCCUUAUUGACAAGAAAGGUGGCCCGGGAAAUAUGUAUGAGUUUGCUGCGGAGGCUGAUAUAGUAGUUACCUGCUUGACCUUAUAUAAAGAGACAGCCGGAAUCGUGGAUGCGAAGUUUCUCUCUUCCAUGAAGAAGGGAUCACUUUUGGUAAAUAUUGCUCGAGGAGGGUUACUCGACUACGAAUCUGUCCUUCAUCACCUCGAAUCAGGUCACUUAGGUGGGUUGGGCAUUGACGUGGCUUGGACUGAGCCAUUCGAUCCCGAAGAUCCAAUUUUGAAGCUUCCAAAUGUUCUCAUCACCCCACAUGUCGCAGGGGUCACCGAGUAUUCCUACAGGACGAUGGCUAAGGUUGUAGGUGAUUGUGCUCUCCAACUUCACUCGGGGAAGCCGUUUACAGGAAUAGAAAUUGUGAACUAGCUCGUGGGAAGCUACGGAAAUUGAUCUUUGUUUGAUUUAAUUUGGUUAGUGCUAAUCAAUAAUUUCAAAAACUCAAGGUGUGUGUUAAUUGCACUUAAAAUGUAUCUCGCGGACGGCGGCUGCGAUUUUGACUCUGCCCAACUCGGCCUUUGCCAAGGUGGCCUAGUCAAUUCAACAAUCUCCUCUCCAGCACCUCCUGUGUGGAAAUCGAAAUCACUUUACUGUACUGGCUCUGAUACUACCUGUAGACUGAAAGUAGUACUAACUAAUAAUUUUAAAAGCUCGAA